UUUAUUUUGAGUUGGCUGGACCUGCAGGGGGAAAACCAGCCAAAAGAUCAUGCAAACUUGUUAUAGAGUCUCAUUUUGUGCUUCGUUCAAUUAACUCUCCAUCAUCUUCCCACUGGAUUUCUGUUUAUUGCUUUCCCUUCUCUCACCAUGAUCUCAUGGACUUUUCUCAAGACUAUUCCUUAACAGCUCUCUUUGUCUUUGAGAACACCAUCAACAGAGAGUUUAUCAGGAGUUUGCAUGUGUACCAAUUAAAGGAUGGGAAGGACAGGGAGGUUGAGAGGGAGUUUCUCUUCUCUGUGGAUGGUCCAUAUGUUGAAAUGGCAACUAAGUCACUUCUUAGGUUGGGCAGAUUUCGGGGUAUGGAGCUUUUUGAAGGCCAAGUGAUCGGUUUAUGGCGCUGCAUUUUUGCAUUUCAUGCUCAUCACUCCUCUCAUUUGAGCCACAUUCCUUCUUUGCUCUCAAUUUCUAGAAACCCCAAGCUGAAGUCAGUCCCAACACUGGCCAAUGAUCUCCAAUUUAUUUUCAAGCUGAUUAGCAGAACAGCAGAUGAAGAGCCAUUGCAAUUUUUAUCCGCAGAAAAAUAUAGAAGGAUCAAAGAUGAUCGCUAUCAGUCUAAGAAAAGUCUGCCUGUAUUAGAUCAGGAUCUAAACUGUCUUCCUCAUUCAGUUGCUACGUCUGAACUAUCAAAAAGUCAACAAAAUGAACCAUGUGCACCAGUUGUCAUAUCAAAGAAGAAAAAAAGAGCAGCCACAGAAGACAUAGCUAGAAUUGCUUUAGAAGAUCUUGUUAAAUACUUUGAUCUUCCUAUUGUUGAAGCUUCAAGAAAUCUGAAAGUUGGACUAACAGUGCUGAAGAGGAAGUGUAGGGAAUUUGGUAUUCCCCGUUGGCCACAUAGGAAGAUCAAAUCCCUUGACAGUCUUAUCCGUAAUCUCCAGGAAGAGGCAGAACGUCAAAAGCAAGAGAAUGAGGAUGCUGCCAUGGCUGUGGCGAAGAGGCAAAGGAUGCUGGAGAGCGAAAAAGAAACUAUAGAGAGGAAGCCUUUCAUGGAAAUACAAAGUGAGACCAAGAGAUUCAGGCAAGAUGUUUUCAAGAGAAGGCACAGAGCUAGAGCUCUUAAAAACCAGGGUCUAUGAGUCUCUCUCAGCCUAGAGGAUUGGGAAGAAAUGGAUUACAGGAACAAAAUUAUUUAUUUAAAAAGUUCACAAACAUCAUACCAUAUGUAUAGUUGUGCUUCUAAUGCUAACGGUGGCUGUUGGAAUCUCAUUUUAUGGUUUUUCUAUUGUCAUGCCAUCUGAGGCAUCUGGUAGGCUUUUGUAGCUCAGUUUUGUAUGUCUUCUCUGCUUGUAGAAUGGGCCCUAAACUUGACAUAACUUUUUUCUUUUUUUUUUUACUUAUAAAUCUACAUGGUGGUGUUAUCUUUUC